AGAAAGAAUAUGUUUCAGCUUUCAAAAAGACUUGUUAGAGCCUUGGGUUUCUUUCCUUGUAUUCUUGUAUUGGCUAUAAUAGCUUGUGGUUAUUAUGUAACCACUGUGGCAACCUUUAUUCCUCUUCUAUCUUCUUCUCACUUUGUAGGGAUACUUGGACUCUUAGUAACUCAACUACUUGUUUUGAAUAUUCUUAUCAACUUUCUUCUUUCCAUAUUUUGUGACCCAGGUGGUGUACCUAACUCUUGGAAACCUAGUGAAAGUAUGAAGAAUAUAAGAGGUUCUUGGUCUCGAACUGUUCAAUGGGUACAAACGGAAGAGACUGGCGACAUGCAGUCUGUUUUGACUUGGGAGUUUAAACGCAAUGGUGCUCCUCGCUUUUGUCGUUAUUGUGCCACUUAUAAACCAGAUAGAACUCACCACUGUCGUUCUUGUAAGAGAUGUAUACUUAAAAUGGAUCAUCAUUGCCCUUGGAUUAAUAAUUGUGUGGGGUUUUAUAACCAGAAAUUCUUUAUUCUCUUUGUUUAUUAUGCAUUUCUUGGCUGUUUAUUUGUUAGUGUUACUGGAGUAGUAACUCUCAAGAGAGCGCUAUUUAUUAUUGGUGAAGAGGAAGGAAAACAAGUCGUUUCCGCAGCAUUUGUAGUGAUUUGUUAUUGCUUGGUAACUAUUUUUGGACUUGCGCUACUCUUUUUUGCAGUCUUUCAUACUCUUUUGGUAUUGAAAGGAAGAACGACUAUAGAGAUGCAUGAAAUAAGGGAUCUUGCUAGAGCUAGAAUUGUAAGGAAAUAUGAUUUGGGAUGGAAGAGGAAUUGGAAGAAAGUAUUUGGAAAUAAUGUGUUGUAUUGGUUUUUACCUGUUCGUUGGUCCAUAGAUGGUGAUGGUUUAACUUUUGAGUCGAAUGUAGAGGAACAACGGAUAAGUCUUAUGGAAGAUGAUGAUGGAGUAUAACUCAACCCUAAAAAGUGGUUAUGAUAGAAUAUCUUAUGAUGCUUUUUGGAAAGAGUUGUGAAGAAGA